AUGUUCACCUGCAUAUCGUGCCGCAUUGCCUUUGAGACUGCCGAGGAGCAGCGCUCCCAUUUUGGCACCGACUGGCACCGCUACAACAUGAAGCGUCGAGUGGCAAACCUUCCCCCCAUUGCCGCAGUCGCCUUCAACGAAAAGGUCAUCGAGCGUCGAGAGCAGAAUGCAGUCCGCCCUGACCCCAAGGACAUGGCCUGCUCGGCUUGCAAAAAGGAGUUCUCGACUGAAAACGCGUACCGUUCCCACGUGCAGUCCAAGAAGCAUCGCGACCGUGAGGCUGCCGUGGCCAGGGCUCCAGUGGCCUCCACCCCAGCUCCUGAAGACCAGGUUGCGACUUCGUCGCGUACUGUUACUGGCGAGCCAGCGCCGGAGGUUGAAAGGGAUGGAGCCAGCGAGGACGAGGACGAGGAGAACGACGACGACUAUGAAGACGAGGAGCAGGACAUUGAGAACGCUAUCGCCGCCUCUCGUCGACGUGUUGGCCUGGACGACUGUCUUUUCUGCACCCACAAGUCUGCCGAUAUCGCAACCAGCAUUGCGCACAUGUCAACCGUGCAUAGCUUCUUUAUCCCGGAUCAAGACCUGUUGCUCGACAUGCCCGGUCUCAUUGCUUACCUUGGAGAGAAGGUUGCAGUCGGCAAUCUCUGUCUCUACUGCCCCAACGGUGGAAAGGAGUUUGGGAGCCUGGAAGCCGUUCGUAAGCACAUGAUUGACAAGUCGCACUGCAAGCUUGCGUACGAGACAGAUGAGGAUCGUGUGGAAGUGGCCGACUUUUACGACUUUGGAGGCGCUGAGGGUUCCGACUGGGAAGACAUGGACGAGGGCUCAGACUAUGAUGCUGAGUCAACUGUCCCGAGCUUGGCAUCCGAUGGUCUAUCGCUGGUCCUGCCUAGCGGUCGCGUACUUGGUCAUCGCUCCCUCAAAGUGUACUACUCUCAACGCCUUCGAGCGUCGGCCCCAGGUGAUAACGACCCCGUGCAGUCCAAGGUCGCCCUUGUGCGUCAGCGCCUGGCUGACCCAACUUCGGCCUUGGUCCCCGUUGCCGGUGGCCACGGUGCUUUUGGCCGCGGCCUGGAGGUCAUGAAGGCCCGUAACGCCGGAGAGGCGGUGUGGGCCCAGAAGCAAGGUCGCGCGUUCAAGGAUCAGCGUACUCGGGAAGCUUUCAAGACGAAGGUCGGAUUCCGCAAUAACAACCAGAAACACUUCCGCGACCCCUUAUUGCAAUGA